CCUUUUUGCACUGCUCCAUUGAAAGGAAUUAAAAGCAGCUGCGAUGGGGUAUUUGCUGAAAGAGGGUUUGAAGACUCUUUGUGGAGUUAAUCAGUGGUCUUAUGCUGUUUUCUGGAAGAUUGGCUGCCAAAACCCCAAGCUUUUGAUUUGGGAAGAAUGCUACUACGAGGCUGCAACGUGCUCCAGGCAGCCGGGGAAAGAGAAUGCAGACGCUGCUGCUCUUGAUAACUACAACGCCUCUUGGAUCUCUGCAGAAGCAGGGGACAGGGUGCAUUUGCUUGUGAACAAGAUGAUGAUGGACAGCCAUGUUAAUAUUGUAGGAGAAGGGUUAGUUGGAAGGGUUGCGUUUACAGGAAGCCAUCAGUGGAUCCUAUCUGAGAAUUACUGUGGAGACUCUCAUCCACCAGAGGUUGUGAAAGAGGUAUGCCAACAGUUUUCAGCUGGUAUGCAGACGAUUGCAGUUGUUCCAGUUCUUCCCCAUGGCGUCGUGCAGUUUGGUUCGUCCAUGGCUAUAAUGGAGAAUUUGGGGUUUAUCAAUGAUGUAAAAGCAUUGAUACUUCAGCUAGGAUAUGUAUCUGGUGCACUACUAUCACCAAAUUAUGAAGCAAAAGAAGACACUCCAAGAAUUGGGGUUCCAGUGGGGAACUUCACUUCUGGAGGCUUGUCUCUCGAGUCGAAUGCAUGCUCGUUCGACUCUUACAGCUACCCAGGGAACUCGAACCAGUUCCCCUUGGCUGGAAAAAUCCAAUACGGGCUCAAGUCAAGUGGUACCGUGCAUGAAACCACACACUUGAACCAUGAUGGGAUUAGGCACCACAACUACCAAUUCGCAAAUGGUGUUGCAAAAGCUGAGGUUAUCCCUUCGAAUCCCGAGAUGUGGAAGAACCUAAAUACCCCUCUACACGCACCGAGGUCUGCUCCAGGUUUGCCUUCGAGCAGCUUGCCUACUUUUAACUACGGCACAAUAAGAGGUGCUGAGCAGAAGAUGGUGCCCACUACCAGCAGCCAGGACCAUUUUAGUGCCCCCAACGACGUCCUGCAGCCAUUGGUUGCGAAUUCGGGCUCAAUAUACUGUUCUGAUGGUUCUGUCAUUCACUCAUCAGUCGGAGUGAAUGGCGCCAUGAGCAACAGUAAACCAGUAUCAGCCGGUGCUAGUCUACCUAAGAAUGAGAAGCUUCAUAAAGUGGAGCCUUCCAACUCUAAUUCAGUUGACUGUUUCACAUCUAAUUCUUCGCUUGCUUAUAGCUCUGACAGCAAACUUCACCACGUGGACAAUGGGUUCGGACAGGGUGAGUUGAACGACUGCAAAAGAGAGAUGGCGCGGCAUCCAAAUCAAAGCCAUGAUAUGCCUCUGCCUCAGUUUGCUGAGCAUCUAAAUAUGGCUGAGCUUAUUUCUGGAGGUCAGAUUCCUUAUGUGAAUAACUCCAGUUAUGAUGAUGUAUGCAUCCAAACUGAAUCAGGGGGAGAUGACUUGUUCGAUGUUUUGGGGGCUGAUUUCAAGAAUAAAAUGUUUAGUAGUUGCUGGAAUAGUAGUUUGAGUGAUGCAUCAGCCAUAAAUUGGGAUAAUAAAAGUAAUCUGCCACCUAAGAAGAGCCUUGCUUCUUCAGAAGCAUGUUCUGCCAGCCAAGGAAACUCAGAGAGUGGGAUAUUCCCCUCCGACCAUCUAUUGGAGGCCGUGGUUUCUAAGGCUCGACCUUGCAGUAAGCAGAGCAUGGACGAUAAUGUUUCCUGUAGAACGACGUUAACAAAUAUGAGCAGUGCCUCCACGCCCAGUGGUUCACUUCCUUAUGGCCGAUUUGGGAUCUCUGACCAAUUGAAGGGAGAGUUGUUUGGUGUUCCUAAAUAUCUGGCAAAGGCAGGAGCAGUGAGUUCUUGCUCGUUGAGAAAUGGGUCCUCCAACUCCAAGGAAGAAUCAAGAUCUUAUUCCCAAGGAAGUUCCAUUUACGGGUCACAGAUAAGCUCAUGGAUGGAGAAGGAUCAAAAACCAAAGGCAAGUAACAGUGUGUCCACUGGACAUUCCAAGAAGCCGGAUGAAACGGGCAAAACAAACCGGAAGCGUCUUAAACCUGGAGAAAGUCCGAGGCCUAGGCCAAAAGAUCGCCAAAUGAUCCAAGAUCGCGUCAAGGAACUUAGAGAAAUCGUGCCAAAUGGGGCAAAGUGUAGCAUUGAUGCUUUACUCGAACGCACCAUCAAACACAUGCUUUUCUUGCAAAGUGUCACGAAGCACGCAGACAAGCUAAAGCAAACUGGAGAGUCUAAGAUUAUUAGCAAGGAUGGAGGUUUGCUUUUGAAAGAUAACUUUGAAGGAGGAGCUACGUGGGCGUACGAAGUAGGUUCACAAUCUAUGGUCUGCCCGAUCAUAGUUGAGGAUCUCAAUCAGCCUCGACAAAUGCUAGUUGAGAUGCUCUGUGAGGAACGUGGUCUGUUUCUAGAAAUAGCAGACAUCAUCAGAGGACUCGGCCUAACCAUCCUAAAGGGAGUCAUGGAGACACGGAAUGACAAGAUUUGGGCACGAUUUGCUGUAGAGGCGAAUAGGGAUGUGACGAGGAUGGAAAUCUUCAUCUCAUUAGUCCGUCUCUUGGAGCAAAGCUCAAAAGGCAGCACACCUCAACCGAAUGGCAUCAACAACGACAACACCCUAAUACCACAGCAGUUCCACCACGCAGCCCCGGUUCCCUUGACUGCUAGAUCCCGUAGCUUGCAGUGACGGCCACACCUGGUCCGAACGUGUUAAGAGCGAGCAGACAACCCAGAAGCUUCGCCAUGACUAACAUGUUCAAAAAGAAACAAAAACCUCAGCAGCAGAGCUAGCUUUCUCUUCCAAGACUAAACCUGUAGGUAAAAUGAUGCUCCAAAGAAACAAGAACUACUCGUAGCAUUGUAGUGUAUACAAAAAUGGUGAUUACUAGACUUCAUGGGGCUUGGCUUUAAGUUAAUUGGAUGGAUGAGAGGGGGAAAAGAGCAAACUGGUUUAGAGCUUUUGGUUGUUGAUUAGUGUAUAUUCGUAUUAAGCAUGAGAGAUUGUGUUGAUUAGGGACAAGGUGUGGAUUCUGGAACUGUUUCUUUACUUUUUUUUUUUUUUUAGUUUAUGUCAGAAUUGUGGAUUCAUUUGCUUACAAAGUAGUAGUAUGUCUUUGUUUUCUCCUAGCCAGUUGUAUACUGCUGCAUGGUGGUGUUAUUCUCUGCCGGACAUGGCAAGCGCCCUUGUUGAGUUUCGUAGUAGAUUAUGAAUUCGAUUUCCACCAA